AUGUUUGGAACUUCUUAUAAACUUGUAUAUAGUCGAUUGAUAUCAGUGUCCAAAAUCAAAAUCUCCAAACGUUUAAUUAAUUGCCAUUCAUGUGGGAUAAAAUUGCAAGAUAAGAACAGUGAAGAUACAGGAUAUUAUAUUAAGCCCAAAGUAUUUACCCCCAAAGGUAUUAAUCAAUUAGAUGAGAUACGAUAUUUAUUGUAUAAAAAUCAAUUACAAAAUAUGGGCGUUCCGGAACAAGAAUCGAUGGCUUCUGAAAUAGAUAAUAAAAAAGACAAUUUACUUAUUUGUAAACGCUGUAAUGAUGCUAUCAACCAUAAUAAUUAUAAACUUGAUGAAUUUCGUAGUAUCGAAUUCCGAGAUUUAGAAAAAUAUAUCCAAUCUCCUUCUAACAUAGUCAAUGUGGUCCCCUUGACAGAAUUUCCAUUCCAUUUUGAACGUCGAUUAUUUGAAAAUCCAGAUUAUACUUCUAGUUUGUUAUUGACUAAAUGUGAUACAGUAAUUAAGGAUAGGAAAACAUUAUCUAAAUCAUUACCUUCGUUUAUCAAAUCAUUAUUAAAAAAAGAAUUAGACAUUAAUAUCAAUAAAAUUGUUGGAAUUUCAUCGAUUAAAUCAUGGAAUCUUGCCAAUGCAUUAUCAAUGAUGAAAAAUCAUUCGUAUCUUGUUGGGCAUGCCAAUGCAGGUAAAUCAACCUUAAUCAAUUCGUUAAUUGAAAGAUACUUUGGUUAUAAAAUAACAAAAGGAAUUAAUUCUAGUACUAAGGAACAAUCUAUUGAUGAAAAUAAGAGACGUGAAUUUGAAGCUAAUCCUGGGUUAUUUAUUAAGAAGCAAUAUAGUGGAGUCUCACACAUCCCAAAUUUAACUCGUGAUAUAUUGCAAUAUCGAAUUUUUAAUAAGGUUAUAUUUGAUUUGCCUGGAUACAGUAGAGAUUAUGAUAAAAAUAAAUUAGAUAGUGUGAUAAAGAAAGAUUGGCUUGAUAGAAUACGAAAGACUAAUCUAUUCAAGAUUGAAAAAAUAAGGAAGAAACGUUAUCGUACAAUUUUGGGAAAUGAAGAUGGAGCAUGCUAUACCAUAGGAGGUAUAUUUUACUUGAUACCACCAUCUGGAACAAUUAAUCAAAUCAUUAAAUAUAUACCUGGAGAAGGAUAUAAUUUCAAAAAUAUCGAAUCUGGUAUCACUGCAUUUAAUAAUUGUAAUAAUAAGAGUAAUAAAAUUCCACAUCCAUUAACUAAAUAUUGUGGUAUUAAAGAUAAUAUUCAAGACAAAGGGGAUUAUGUUAGACACGUAAUUCCACCAUUCCAGGGUAGUAUUGAGAUUGUUCUUAAGGAUAUUGGAUAUCUAUUAUUAAGAACUACUGGUACUUAUCAAUAUCGAGGAUUACAUGAGAUAUGGUGUUUACGAGGGAUUGAAGUAUGUAUUAGAGAACCUAUUGAAAACAUGAAUGAUAUUGAAUUUAGUAAUAGGCCUUUAAUCUCUGAUACUUAUGAAAUGGGGUUUGAAGUGGAAGAUACUUUCAAUCGUAUGAAAGAGAUGUAUAUUGAAAGAACAGAAAAAGACCGAAUGAAGAGAAGAUUUUUAAAUAAGGGGAAAGAUUUAGUUGAUAUAGUUAAAGUUAAACAUAACGAAUCACCUAACUUAUUUUGGUAUUUUCAAUGGUAA